AUGACGUUUUUCAAGGAUAAAGCGGAAAACCGCGCUCCGGAGCCCGACUGGCCAGAGGAAGGAGGCCAGUGGAGUGAUGGAGAGGGCGGAGAGAUGGAGGAGUGCGGGCUCCUGCAGGAGAUGGUGGAGGAGGAUGAAGAGAUUGAUCUAUACAAUGAAGAGACAUUUGGUCUAGACAUGGGCGCAGAGAAUCCCGAGGCAGAUUCCACUGACAUUCUGCUUGUUCGUGGUGACCAGUCGCCAGCCCCACCUUCAUCACCUCCACCCUCUCCAGCUACACCAUCUCCUCCAAGGCCUAGACCUAUACUUCAGGAUACUGCUAGCCUGAGGAACAGAGGCAGAUCCCAGAGAGGAAGACUGGGGCGAGGGCAGAUGUUUGAAGACCCAGCAGUGAUGAAAACAGUAAAGGGUCGUCCUAGCUUAAAGAGUCUGGACAGUGCCAUUGUGGACUGUGGUAUCAGUUCCUACUGGGAGGAUCUUGAGUCCGAUGCAUGGGUUAUGCCAUUAUAUGGUGCCAAUAGACAGAAUGCAGGAUCUAUACUGCAGGACAGAGCCAUUGUUGGAGUGAUUGACAGGCAUGCACAUGCCAGGAUCCCAGCAACCUCUAGUUUCCUGUCCUCACUCAGACCAUUUUCACCCACCAGGGGGCGAAGAGGGUUACUGAGAGGACAACCUCCUGUCAGAUCUUUUGGCCAAAGAAGCCCAUCUCAGCUACACUUGAAUCCAGUGAUGCCUUGCUCCCCUCUCCACCCACAAAGACCUUUUGCUUCCCAGCAGCCUUAUAACCAGUCAAGAAGUUUCCUGUCCCCUUCACAUCCUCGCACACCCACCCCUCAACCCCUCACACCCAAAAUGAUGCAGCUGCGGUUUGGUGCCAACUCCCCCAGUCCUGCUCCUUUCUAUAGUCCCUCCUCCAACCCUGUGCAGAGAUUUAGGUUCCCAGGCCCUGUGACACAGCUUCAUCCUCAGCAUAAACGCCUCUUGAGUCAGCGCCAGCAGAGGACAUACAGAAAGCCGGAGAGUUGGGACCCCUUUUCUCAACUCAUGUCUGUUAAAGAGAAGGAAUGGAUAAUCAGACUGCAGAUGAUACAGCUACAGAGUGAGAACCCACACCUGGAUGAUUACUAUUACCAGGAGUACUACCAGAGAAUGGAGGCUAAGAUAGCUGAGGAAGAGAUGUUGGGUGAUCGAUCAAAGAGGGAGCCACCCAAACUGACAACCCCAUACGUCACCAAGACAGUCUCAUAUACACCAGUGGUCCAUAUUGAGGGUUCUCUGGGGCAGGUUGCCGUGUCAACAUGUUUUUCUCCUCGGAGGGCGAUUGAUGCUGUCCAUGCACACUCACCUGAGGAGCAGAAAGACACCAGACAGAGGUUGGAAGUGCUGCACAGCCUUGAAAAGAUGUAUAUGGUAUUGUUGGAGGUAGAGGAGGCUGACAGAAGGAAGUCUAGAGCACCAAAUGAAGUAGAGGAGAGGAGGCUUAUGGAGAACAUGGAGAGAAGGGUGCAGCAGAUCUACAGCUGGCUACGCAACCCCAACCAGCUUGAGUCAGGAGAGGAGUUUCUACCCUGUCUCCUAGUCUCAAAAGGGAAGAAGCUUUUGGCCAGGCUCCUCCCCUUCCUGUCACAUGAUGCUGCAUUGCAUGUCGUGGGUGUGGUAACAGCACAACUGCCAAUAUUGAUGAGCAGAGACACAGAUGAGACACUUCCUGUUUUGUAUCCUGCACUUCGCACUGUUAUUGGUGGCUUGUCCUUCAGUCAGCUCAUUGGUGUCCUUAAGGAGUUUACCACAUUGCUGCCUGAGUCUAAAGACACACGUCUCACCCUGGCCUGCCAGAACAAGUUUGGUCUCUCUCUGUUGUAUGCCCUGCUCUCUCAGGGAGAGAGGCUCCUCUCUUCAGACAUCCCCAUGGAGCCCACCAUUGGAGACUUUGAGACCUGGACCGACACAGUUUUCCUUGUGGCCCGUCAGCUGUCCCAGACGUCUCUGGUGGAACCUCUCCUCUUGCCCUCCAAUCUGCUUACACUUUUCUGCCGUUACCUUGACAAACGCACAGUUCAUCAACUCAAGAGCAAUAUGGAAUCAGCCACUGGAUACCUGGCUGUAGCAUCAUAA